AUGAUCACAAAUUUACACGAUAAAACAUGCCCCAGAGUAUUGAGUUCUACAUCAACUUCAAGCUCAUUUUAUUCUGCAUCAAAUGCAUCAAUAAACAUAAAACAUUUUGUAGCUUUUCGUGUCAGAAGUAUUCUUCUUCUCACUGAUAGUUUUGCUAGUUGGAUCAGUCAUCAUAAAAGAUCAGAAUUUCGAAAUAUGAGAUCACAAAUCCAACAAGGAAAUAUUAGACAAAUCUUUCUUGGACCACUUGUAGCUGUUGUUGUUGUUGUUAAAUCUCAGCUGUGCGAUGAAAUUUCUCAGCUAACUCUUUCACGCUAG